CAAGAAACAUGCAUGCCCUGUAACCUCUCUCUUUAUAAACUGCCCAGCUCCCCCAUAGUUUUGCCCUCCUCGACCUGCUUAGUACGUGGAGCUUUCCUCCAUUCUCCAUUCUCGCUUCUUCUUCUACGAUUACUGCUACCCUGUGGUUGAAAAGACUAUUUGGGUUUCUUCUUUUAAGAUAGAAAUCAAUCAUGUCUCACUACAGUGGUUGCAUGGAUUCCCAGAAGCCUCACUUUCUUGAAGCUUGUUUUCUCUGCCGCAAACCCCUUGGUUAUAACUCUGACAUCUUCAUGUACAGAGGUAACACGCCAUUUUGCAGCAAGGAGUGCAGGCAAGAACAAAUAGAGGUGGAUGAGUCUACGAGGAAGAAGAGCUGGAAAAUGUCAUCUUCCUCUUCAAGAUCUACCAGAAAAUCAGAUCCCAAGGAUUCUACCUCUAAGAAGACUGCACGGACAGGCACAGUUGCUGUUGCUUGAUAAUUUAACAGUGGGUUUUGUCAGAAAUUAAAGGAUAUAAAUCAUGAGCAAAUUAAAUUUCCGCUUCUGGGAUCAAGACAAAAAUAUCAGUUUUCAUCUCCAAAAGAGUGGUGGGUAUGACUGCAGUUUAGAGACGGGAGGAAGGAGAGUUGCAAGACCUGCCAGGGAUGAUUUUUGCUCAUGUUUUGUCCUUUUAUUGGGCGAGUGUUUAUACGGGUUAAAGAGGAUUCACAUGGGAUGAUCUGUAUAACCCUGAAUGCUCAUCUCUCUUUCUAUCUUCUGUUUUUUCUCCCUUUCUGCAAACAAAUUUCGAGGAAAUUAAUGGAUCUAAAGAGAUUUAAGAUUUCA